AUGGCAGUAAAGAUUAUAAUGGUAUGCAUGGCCUUGGCCUUAAUUUCCCCUGGCGUUUAUGGUCAACAGCAAACACCCAAGGCGGAGGGACGUAGCUUUGGUGGUGUCCUGCCACCUUUUGCCCCACCCUUAGUGGGAGGUGGUGGUAUUGGUGGCACCGCAGGUUCCUUUGGUUAUGGCCAAACCAAUUCAUACAGCAGCAGUUCCAGUGCAAAUGCCUAUGGCCAGUAUGGCAGCUACUAUCCUGGCUAUGGUGGCUAUCCUGGUCCUGUGGGUUAUGGUGGCUAUCCUGGUGGUUAUGGCGGCGGUUAUGGUGGCUAUGGAGGUUAUAAUGCCUAUAAUGCUUACAACAGUUACAGUGGCUACAAUGGUUAUACUGGUGGCUCGGCAUAUGGUGGCUAUCCCGGUUAUGGCGGUCUUUAUGGUGGCAAUGCUUUCGGCUAA